AUGGCCGCACCCGCAGUUUCCGCCGCCCAGACCCAGCCCGAGGAGCCCAUCGCCAUCCCCGACAACCGGGAUGGUGUCGCUUACUUGUACGGCCACCCGCUGCUGAACUCCCUGUCCCCUCCUCUGCACCAGACAGUGUACAAUGCAUUGGGCCUCAACUGGACCCAGAUCCCUCUCUCCAGCGUGUACGGCACUUCCGCCACCUACCCUCCCCCAUACACCAAGUCGCCCACGAUCGAGAAGUUCAUGGCUUCCAUCCGCUCCAACCCCAAGUUCGUUGGAUCCUCCGUGACAAUGCCUCACAAGGUCGCCAUCAUGCCUCACCUGGAUGAUCUGACCGAGCACGCCCGGCAGGCCGGUGCCUGCAACACCAUCUUCCUGCGCGACGACCCCACCACCGGCAAGCGCCAGUACGUCGGAACCAACACCGACUGCGACGGCAUCCGCGAGGCCCUCACCCAGAAUGCGCCUAACCCCGAGCGCUUCCGCGGCCGGCCCGCCCUCAUCAUCGGUGGUGGUGGUACCGCCCGCACUGCCAUCUACGUCAUGCGCCGCUGGCUCGGCUCCAGCCGUAUCUACGUUGUCAACCGUGACGCCGCUGAGGUGGCUGCUAUCAUGGAGGAGGACCGUCAGCGCAACCCUGACCCCAACGCUCAGGCUCCUCUGAUCCACGUUACUGAUCCCGAGGAGGCCGCCCGUCUGGAGGCUCCCGCCGCUAUCGUAUCCGGUAUCCCCAACUACCCUCCCAAGUCCCCCGAGGAGCUGAACGCCCGCGCUAUCAUCACUGCUUUCCUCGGUGACGAGAAGACUGCUGAGAAGCAGGAGGGUGUCAUUCUUGAGAUGUGCUACCACCCCAUUCCCUGGACUGAUAUUGCCAAGCUUGCUGAGGCCGGUGGCUGGAAGGUCAUUCUCGGCUCCGAGGCCUUGAUCUGGCAGGGUCUUGAGCAGGCUCGUCUCUGGACUGGCAAGGAUAUUAUUGGCACUCCUGGUCUCGUCCAGACAGUCAAGGAUACUGUUGCUCAGAUCCUGGCUGACCGUGCCUCCAAGCCCAGCCUAUGA